AUACAAACUAGCCACGUAUCCAGCAUGUGUACUAUUUAUAUACCCCCAUGGACUUAACUAGUAGUUUUGACUCUACAAAGACGCAAUGGCGAAAGCAACAGAACAGAAACAAAACUCUCAAACUGUGGAAGUAACGAAGCUUGAUAUCCGCGAUGUGAUCACCACAGCCACCACAUACGGCGAGGAUAAACGUCAUGGCGGCAGACGCAAUGACGUGGCAAUGUUUGUGUUACGAGCCAUGUGCAUGGCUGUAUCUGCGGUGGCUGUGUCGUUAAUGGUGACAGCCCGUGAGACUAGCAUGACAACUCUCUACGGUUUCGAGUUUCAGCUCCACGCCGUCUGGUCUCUCUCAGAUUCCCUCAUUUAUCUAGUGGCGGUUUCAUCAGCAACGGUUAUUUACUCAUUGCUUCAACUGAUUUUGAGCGGGACCAGACUAAUGAGAAAAUCUCCGGUGAUUCCGACAAGAACACAAGCAUGGUUUUGCUUCGCUGCGGAUCAGAUAUUGGGAUACGCGAUGGUGAGUGGAGGAUCAGCGGCUUUGGGAGUGACGAAUAUGAACAGAACAGGAAUCAGGCACAUGCCUCUUCCCAAUUUCUGCAAAUCUCUAGGUUUCUUCUGUGACCAUCUAGCAAUCUCCGUCGUCUUCGCCUUGCUCGCGUUCCUCCUCCUCGCCGCUUCUUCUAUUCUCGACGUUCUCCAUCUCUCCCGCAACUGAUCUAGAGAAUUAUUACUGAUUAACAUUCCUGUUCUUUCUGUUUCCCACAUCUCUUAUGUUUAAUCAUCAUACAAUAAUCAUGUGUUGUUAUGUUUUUCCUUUUGAAAUUUGUUUGUUUCCAUCGAUGUCAGCGAAUCUUCCAAUUCCAAAGUUUUU